UGGUAACGUUUGACCUGUGGAUGAAAACAAGCCGAUCAGCUGAUGAAUCUGGGAAUAACAUCUCCUUAAAUCUAACUGUUGGGUAGCGACAUUAACUUCAUUAGCCAUCAAAAAGAACUGCGUUUUUGUUCUAAAUAAGUUGCCCUGCAUACCAUGGUUGUCUUUCUAAAGAUUAUACUGAGUAUCUCUUUAUGAAGCUACGUUUUUAGAUUACGAAACAGCCGCUGUGUGCCGGACAAUGUAGCUAGCUGCUCUCACUAAGCUAUUGUACAGUACUAACGUAAAGUCGAUCUCUCCUGACUUCACGAAGACUUUUGAUAAUAGGUGGUUUCUUAAGAAUUACAAUAAUUGUAACUGACAAAUAUGUAAGUAAUAUUUUUUUAAAUAAACGGAUUGUUUAUGUUUUGCGUAGUCACCGCUGCCUAUUUCUGCUGUCAAAUUGGCUGACCAAACAGCCAUAAGAACAGCUAAACAAACAGAGAAGGUAGUUAAUUAAUUAUUACAAUGUUGUUGUUGAUGGUUUACAGUUAACGAUAGUUUACAGGUGGUGUUUCCAAUUUAACUGCGUCUGGACGAGUACAGCAAUUAGCAAUUUGCUCAUUAUUUUCCAGUGUUUUAGGCAGAUCUGAAACUUAUUGACAUAAAGAGAUCUUAAUCAAAGAGAUCUGUCAAACGAAAACAUUAAAUAUUGAUCUGCUAAGAGUUUUUGGUAGUGUAAAUAUAGAAGAACAGAACAUAGUACUAACAAAAGAAGACAUUUAUAUCCAUAACAAAAACAUAUUAGGCCUUACCAUACGUGAAGUCAUGAGUGGUCCGUUGGUGGAUAAAGGCAUAAACACCGUCCUGGUGUGUCAGGAGAGCUAUGCCUGUGGCGGCUCGGACGAGGCUGCCUUCGAGUGCGAUGAGUGCGGCAGCCUGCAGUGUCUUCGCUGCGAGCUUGAGCUCCAUCGCCAGGAACGCAUGAGGAACCACGACAGGGUGCGCAUCGCCCCCGGGCACGUUCCCUUCUGUGACUCCUGCAAGGGGGAUGGCAGCUGCGGGGGGAACAGGGGCCGGCUGAGGGCGGUGGUGCGUUGCCAAGGCUGUAAGAUUAACCUCUGUCUGGACUGCCAGAAGAGGACCCAUAGUGGGGUUAACAAGAGGAAACACCCCGUCACCCCCUAUCCUCCUCCAGGGCAAGCCCAGGACAGGAGCCUGGAGGCUGAGGAUGGAGGGGAGAUGGAGGCCCUCAAGGCCACUCUGGAAAAGGUGUGCAGCUUCCUACUGGUGGAUGAGAAGGAGGAGAUGCAGUUGAGGAAUGAGGAGGACUUUGUGAGUCGGCUGGGCUGCAGGCCUGAGGAACUCCUCAAGGUGGUGUCGAUCUUCGGUAACACGGGGGAAGGGAAGUCCCACACUCUGAACCACACCUUCUUCCUGGGGAGGGAGGUGUUCAAGACGUCCCCCACCCAGGAGUCGUGCACCGUGGGGGUCUGGGCUGCCAUGGACCCGAUCCACAGAGUAGUUGUCAUAGACACCGAGGGAUUGUUGGGUUCAGGGUCCAAUCAGGGCCAGCGUACCCGGCUGCUCCUCAAAGUCCUCGCCGUCUCUGACCUCGUCAUCUACCGUACCCACGCGGACCGUCUCCAUGACGACCUGUUCAAGUUCCUCGGCGACGCGUCGGACGCCUAUCUGAAGCACUUCACCCGGGAGCUGAAGGCCACCACGGCGCGCUGCGGUCUGCACGUACCCCUGUCCACCCUGGGCCCGGCGGUCAUCAUCUUCCACGAGACCGUCCACACCAAACUACUGGGGUCAGCCAAGCCAACAGAGUCUGCGGAGCGUUUGCUCCAGGAGCGUUUCAGAAAGCUGGGUCUGUUUCCCGAAGCCUUCAGCUCCAUCCAGUACUGUGGCACUCGGACCUACAAUCCUCCGACGGACUUCAGUGGUCUACUGCGUAGCUUGGAGCUGCAGCUGGAUAACAACACCACCCGGUCGCCACGCUCUGCCACGGUCAUCUACCGGGCCCUGCAGGCUCUGAGUGAGCGUUUCAGUGGGGAAAUCCCAGAGGAACACCUGGCCAGCAACUCCUUCUUCCCUGAUGAGUACUUCACCUGCUCCAGUAUCUGCCUCAGCUGCGGCUCUGGCUGUAAGAACAGCAUGAACCAUCUGAAGGAGGGUGUGGACCAUGAAGCUAAACACCGCUGUCGCUACUCUGCUCAGCAAGACAAUCGAAUCUACACCUGUAAGUCUUGCUACGAAGGAGGAAAGGAGGUGAUUGUGGUUCCCAAGACGACGGCCUCCUCUGACUCGCCGUGGUUUGGUCUGGCCAUCUACGCCUGGUCCGGGUACGUCAUAGAGUGUCCUAACUGCGGGGUGAUCUACCGUAGCAGACAGUACUGGUAUGGAAACCAGGACCCAGUAGACACCGUGGUCAGGACCGAGAUUCAACACAUCUGGCCUGGGUCGGAUGGCUUCCUGAAGGACAACAACAAUGCGGCCCAGAGACUGUUGGAUGGUGUGAACUACAUUUCCCAGAGUGUGUCAGAGCUCAGUGUGAAGCCCGCCAAGGCUGUCACGUCCUGGCUCACCGACCAGAUUGCCCCAGCCUACUGGAAACCAAACUCGCUCAUCUUGAAGUGUCACAAGUGCAGCGAGUUGUUCCAGGACAACGACACCAAGCACCACUGCCGGGCGUGUGGCGAAGGCUUCUGUGAUGCCUGCUCCUCCAAGAACCGUCCCGUCCCAGAGAGAGGCUGGGGCCUUGCGCCCGUGCGGGUCUGUGACGCCUGCUUCCACAACAGGGGCAUCUCAGAGGAGCUGCUGGAUGCAGCUUUGGAGGAGGAGGAGGGAGGAACUUUGAGCAGGCGGGUCGGAGAGGCGGUCCAGAAUACAUUGGGAGCUGUGGUCAGCGCCACGUACAUCCCACUGGGUUUGGUGAAGGAUGCAGCACGUCCUGCCUAUUGGGUUCCUGACCAGGACAUCCGGUGCUGCUGUGAGUGCCAGAGGGACUUCUCCAGCCCGCGCCUCUCCAUUCACCACUGCAGAGCCUGUGGACAGGGCGUGUGUGACGACUGCUCCCCCGAACGCAGAGCGGUGCCCUCCAGAGGCUGGGACCACCCCGUACGAGUCUGCAACAGCUGUCACCAGAAACCAGGGGACCUCUAGCAGCAGACGGAGAACCUGCUGGCACCCUUUUCCCUCUGGGUCCUGAUCAACCAAGUGUGCACUACUUAGGGUUAGGGUGUCAGUUGGGUCGAAGCCAGGGCGACAGCCUAGAGUUGUGUUGGUUAGGUUUGAAAUGGAAGAAGGCGCUCUUGUGGGAAGUGUUUGUUUUUUGUUUGGCUACAGCGUACCUUAAUGAACGCGACUCAGGUUCUAGCUGGACUGACGUGGAACUGGAACUCGUGGAACACCCCCACGCUGCAGCUGUGGUCCUCCCCAGGUGUGUUCCCGGGAGUUCCCAUCUAUUUUGAUCUCAUUUGUACUAAGGAGGGGAUGUGACGUCAGAUGACCUUUGGCCUAAUCUUUCUUCCUCACACGUCACCUUCAAACUCUUUUCCUUGCAGUUUCACUUCAAAAUACCUGCGUUUUCACACAUGAACAGAAUGAGAGGAAUGUGCUUGCUUCUGAGGAAAGAACACUUCGUGUAUGUAACAUUUUGUCCUAUCAGACCCUGAUUAUAUGACGAUGCACAAGACCCAGAGAUCCUUGAAUGACAAUCUAUCCAAAUGAAUGACCCCACACUAAUAUAGCACGUGCAAAGGAAUGACUUGAUACAGUGAGGUCAAGAAAGGCCAGGGCGCCUUGCUUCUAUCUUUUCUUUUUUUUUUU